AUGACCGACGUUAACAAGAAUCUAGAGAAUCUAUCUUUAAAAUUUUCAGAACAUCAACAAAAUAUAAAUGAUUUAAUAAAUUCAAGAUCAAAAUUAGAAACUCAAUAUCAAGAAAAUAAAAUAGUAAAUGAAGAAUUUCAACAACUUGAUGAAUCAACAAAGAUAUAUAAAUUAAUAGGACCAAUAUUAUUACCACAAGAUUAUACAGAAGCUUCAAGUAAUGUAACUAAAAGAAUAGAAUUUAUUGAAGGAGAAAUUAAAAGAGUUGAAACAAAAAUUGAAAAUGAAGAGAAAACUAUUGAAAAUAUAAGGAAUGAAAUUAUUAAACUUCGAUCAUCCUAA